AAAAAAAAUCCAAAUACCUCUUACAAAUUUUUAUCUGUCAUUGAACCAAUAAAGACCCAUAUCUGUUUUUAUCAAACUUACAAGAUGAUAAAUGUAAAACUGACCACAUUUUAAAAACAUACUCAUUGAGUUGCAUAACAGAUAGAAAAUAUACCUGUUUAAAAAUAUACCAUAGUUUCUGCUCUAAACGAACUGUCAUGUGAUUUACUGGAGAUCUGACAGCCUUAAUGUCUUGUUAAUCCUGUUAGACUGGAUCUGAAACUAUUGCUAGUUCAAGAUUCUAGAGUCAAUAUUUGUACAUUUGAUUGCUUUGUUUUUUUGGGUUUUCUUCUUCCUAUCAACUUAUUUAAUGUUGAAUAUUAAAUCAAAUGAUAAUCAAACUUUUUAAGUUUGAGUUAGUUCCAUCUUGUUUAAUUAAAUGUAAUUAUAUUUUGACUCAAAACUCCAAAUAGAAUCAAUAUUUUAUAUACCAUUUGACAGAUUUAAGAGACAUAGUACAAUAAUUAAGACAUCAAUAAGUGGUUAAUUAAAAACAAAAUCAAACCCACAUAUAUAAUACAAAGCAUAUGUUUAUUAAAUAAAUCUUUACAAUUGUAUCUUUUUAUACAUAAUAGUAGGUGCAAGUUGGUGUUUAUAUUCUUACCAAAGAAAUUUAAAAGAAGCUUUGAAACUAUAGGAAGGUGUUUAAUAUAGUUAAUAGUUGUCAAAGGUAAUGAUUUAAUGAGUUUGAUUUUGCACAAAUUCUACUCACUGUCAGUGCUACCAUUGACCUCUGAUGACUGAAUACUAUCAACACUGUGUGGUGUAAGACUUGACCUAUUAUUUAAAAUUUUACAUUUCUUUCCAAUGAUAUAGUAACAGAGCCAAAACUAAAUGUUGCCAUGGCCACUUCUAAAGAGACAGACUGUUUUCCUGCUAUAGAAGGACAUUAUGGCAAAGACUACACCAAUCAAACUCAAAACAAAUCAAAUCUAGAGGUAGACAUCCUCACGGAAUCUAAGCGAAAAAGUCAUGAAGAGUGUGACUUCAGUGACACUGACUCACUCAGGAGCUUUGAUUUUAUUUUUCCUAACCUGACAAUUGUGUCAACUGGAAACUCUGCAGCCAUCCAGUUUGGAACAGAAAACAUUCUACUAGGAGAAAAACAAACUAAUAUUGAAAAUGCAGAAAUAUCCAGGAUUGUUCCUUUACAGAGGAAGAUAUCAGAACGUCACGUCUCUGUGAUCAACAUUACCGGUUUACAUGAGGCUGAACUUUACCUGGACUCUGUGGAUCAUCACAUUGGUCAACUAAUGAAUGAAAAUGAAAUCCACGCCUUCAUCUUUGUUGUGCGACUGGGCCAGUUUACAGAUGCUGAUAAGAUUUGUUUUGAGUGGCUUCAGAGAGUGUUUGGUGACAAAGUUCUUCAGUUUGUGAUGAUUCUCUUCACCUAUGAGAGAAAAGAAGAGUGUGACACAAUAAAAGAUAUAAAAGAUCCUGUUCUGGAAAAAUGUGGGGGAAAAUAUCACACCUGUAACAAGAUGAUGAACAAUCCAUCAGAGAUGAGAGAACUGAUGAACAAGAUUGAGCAUCUGUUUCAUGAGAAUCAACAACAUUGCUACACUGGAGUGAUGUUCAAUGCAGCAUUAAAAGAGAGAGAAAACCUGAAAAACAGUGAAUCAUCUAAGCAACCAUCUAAAAGAGAAAACCGUUCCAAAAAUUUCAAAUCGACAACAGCGUCACAUAUUUGCAGAGAAAUAACUACAACAUCAGAGACUGGAGAAAAACAUGACCAGAGCAGAGCAGAACAAAUAUAUCACCUAUUUCACAGACUUCAUCUUAAAGACAGGUACCACAAUAAACUGAGAGCUGCAGAUGUUCUUCAGAUAACUGGACAUUCAUUACAGUCCCAUGAGUAUUGUACUGAACAGGAGCUGAUUCAGACUUUCCUACAAAAACUACUGAUGAUGAACUACAGAGCAAGAUUUAUUAUAUCUAAAGAGAAAAAUGAGGAAGAUCACACACAACGAAAAGACAAUCACUCAUCUGAAGAUGAAAGUGAUAUUUUUCAUGAAAUGUUUUUAUCUAACUAUGGAGCAAGCCAGUCUAAGGCCAUUCACCCGAUGGAUGUUCAGAUGGCCGUGUUUCAUUGUGCCGAUAGUUUCCUGAAGCAGCUGAUGGUCACUAAACUGUCCCAGUGUCAGUACGCUCUGCCUCUGCUUCUUCCUGAUCCAUUCACACAACAGAUUGAGUUUCCUCUCUGGACAUUUAGAGAAAUCACCAAGAGCUGGAAGAUCAGAAACACCAACAAUGAAAUCAUCAGUCAAACCCAGCCGAUCUACAAAGCAGAAACUUCAAUGGUGUCUUUCUUCAGGUUUGGCUCUGUGCCUUCAUCCAAGUCUCAGCUGAUGAACAGUCUGAUCAAUGAGAAACACAACACGUUCUUCCACAGGAACUGCCCAGGCAGCAGCAGAACCAGAGAACUGAUGGAUGGAGUGGUGGAGAUCGCCUGGUUCUGCCCCUCUGGAUCAUAUGAUGAUAAAUUCACUGACUGUGUUGCAUUCUGUAAUCUACACGGUGAUGCAGGAGACCAUGAAAAACAGCUUCAGAUCCUCACUGAAAUGGCCUCAGUCAAUGUUGUUCUUCUACCACAACUGGACAGGAAUGACAAAAGUGCAGCAAUAAUACAAAACAUGUACAGGAACUCAAAGCCACUCAUUUGUCUUUUUACUGAGAAUGAAUCUGCUGUAACUGAAAUAAAGAAAAGAAAAUAUAAGAUUGGUCUGAAAAAUAGAAAUCAGUCAGUUGUAUCUGAAGAACUCAGAAGAGCUAUAAAUGACUGUCUCUCAGAAUCAUCUUCCACUCUCAGACUUGAAGAUGUGUCCAAACACUCAGAUGUCAGAGUAGAUGAGGAAGAUGAUGAAGACUGCAGGAGAGGAAGAGAAGCAGCACAGAAGAUGAUGAGUUUACUGGAGAAGAAAGAUCUGACAGAAAUCAAAGAAUCAGUUCUGCCUCAUCAGGGGAAACUGUGGCAUCAGUGGCGUCAGAAGAACAAGGAACUACAUCGACCUAAAGCAGAUGAGAUAGAAAUGGACAUCAGUAGAAAGAAAACAGAGUUGAAAAGAAUUCGUCAGCAUCAGUAUGAAUCUGACAUAAGAGAGUUUAUUAAGUUCUUCAUUAAAGAAAUUAACUCAGGUGCUGCCAAUAAAAAUAUAUAUUUUCUCAAAUGGCUCAGAAUCCUCCUGGAUGAAUAUACCUCAGGUGACCUUUCUUAUCUAAAUCACAAAUAUGAUGAAAAGUGGUCAACAGUCUUAAAACUGAAAGAGAAUUGUAAUAAAAUUGAACAACUUAAAGCUGAACAAACUGAACUUGAGAGAAUAUCUGAGAAGCUUCAAGCUGCAGCCUUUGGUUUGGAGCACAUCAUGAGGGAGAUCGGUCAGAUCUAUGAAUCAUGUUCAUCUGUGAAGAAGAACAAGAAAGACCUGCAGUUUGACUUCUCUUCUCUCCCGAGUCUUGCAGCAGAGAUGAUGAUCUCUGGAUUUCCACUGGAGCUGAUGGAUGGAGAUGCUGCUCAUGUUCCUGUGAUCUGGAUCUCUGCUGUUCUAGAUGAACUCAUCCAGAAACUGGGAGACCAGAGAGUCUUUGUGCUGUCAGUUUUAGGGCUUCAGAGCUCUGGGAAAUCCACCAUGCUGAAUGCCAUGUUUGGACUCCAGUUUGCCGUCAGUGCUGGCAGGUGCACCAGAGGAGCUUUCAUGCAGCUGGUCAAAGUGUCAGACGAGAUGAAAACACAGAUGAACUUUGACUAUAUUCUGGUUGUUGACACUGAGGGUCUUCGUGCUCUAGACCUGGCUGGAAGAUCAAGAAGACAUCAUGACAUUGAAUUGGCCACAUUUGUUGUUGGUCUUGGAAAUCUGACAUUGAUCAACAUCUUUGGAGAAAACCCAUCUGAGAUGCAGGACAUUCUUCACAUUGUUGUUCAGGCCUUCAUGAGGAUGAAGAAGGUCAGACUGAAUCCCAGCUGUGUGUUUGUGCAUCAGAAUGUUUCAGACAUCACAGCUGUAGAGAAAAACAUGGAGGAAAAGAGACGACUGCAGCAGACACUGGAUAAGAUGACUAAACUCGCUGCUGAAGAUGAAGUUUGUGAUGCAGAAUGUUUCAGUGAUGUCAUUGCAUUUGAUGUACAGAAUGAUGUGAAGUAUUUUGCUCAUCUUUGGGAGGGAAACCCACCCAUGGCACCACCAAACCCAGACUACUGUGAAAAUAUUCAAGACCUAAAGGAAACUAUUAUAUCUUGUGCAGAAAAACCCCAUGGAAUGAUGCUGAUAGACUUAAAAGAUCAUAUUAGAGAUCUAUGUGAGGCUUUACUGAAGGAACGAUGUGUCUUCAGCUCCAGAACUGCUCUGGAGAUUUCAGCCUACAGGAAACUGGAGACUGAAUACAGCAAGUGGUCCUGGAGGCUUCGCAGUGCCAUGAUGGAAACUGAGAAUAAACUACACAACAAAAUAGAAAAUGAAGCAAUUUAUAAGUUUGAAGAAACUGAUCUUCAAAGAGAACUGAAGAAGACAAGUGAGGAUGUGAAAAACUCAAUGUCAGAAUUCUUUGAGAAAGAUGCUGAUAUAUUGGUUCAGUGGAAAAAAUCAUUUGACGUAAAAAUGAAAGAGAUUCAGGAAAACAUUGUGAGAGAAACAAAGAGGAAAUUAAAUGAGAUUCUUCAGCAGCGAGACCUAAAGAAAAAGACUGAUGAUCAGAAGACACAUCAUGAAAACACUCUCUAUGAAAAGAGCAAAGAACUUGCCUUAAAACUCAAAGACAAAACAACUGAUGAACAAACACAGAAGAAAGAAUUUGAUUCAUUUUGGAAAAAGAGUGUUGACAGGAUUCUCUCAGACAGUCCUCAAAUUAAAGACACUGACAUAAUGACAGAUGUGAGAGAGAUCCUCAAAAACAUCUAUAGAAGUUCUCUUGUAUACAAUUGCAGUGAGAGCUAUGAUAUUUUUACUGUGACGACUUACUCUCAAUAUGUCAUUUUCAGAAAUUCCACAAAAACAGUUAAAGAAACAUGUGGAUUUGAUCAAAGUCUUUCUCUAGAAGAUGAAGCCCAAAUAAGAUCAUUAGUCACAGAUGUUGCUCAGCAGACAGACAGAAUGAUUCAGUCAUUUAACAUUUCAAAGAUGGGCUACAACAUCAGCUACAUUCAACAACUCACAGGUUACAUCAAGACAAGAGUAACAGAACAUCAGAAAAGACAAUUGAAAUAUGUGUUCAAGAUUGAUUUCUUCAUGGAUUUGGUUCUUUCUAUCAGUAAAAGGGCAAACAAGAUGAUCACUGACCAACACAGACUCUUCAAAGAAGCCAAUGAUCCUAAGAUAUAUGUAGAGAAGAAGAGAGAAGAGUACUAUAGUGUUUUCCAGAAAUACUGUCAUGGAGCAACAUCAGCUGCCAUUUUUGGUGAGAUCAUCUGUCAGAAACUGAAAGAGCCCAUUGAGCAGAGUGUCUACAAGAAGACUGCCAGAGAUCUGACUGAUGGAAUGAGAACAAACUGUGAAUCACUGAAUGGAAACGGAUCAAAUCUGGAGAAACACAUCCUGAAGACACUGGCAGAUGAAGAGGACUUCAAAAAAUACAUGAACUACAUUCAUAAUCCCAGAGAUCAUUUCAAGAGUUUCAUCAGAGAUGAAGUCAGUCAGUACAUCACUGAUAAGUUCAGUGUCAGUGUUUUACCCAAGAUGAAGGAGAACAUUGAACUCCUGCAGCAGAAGAUCAUGAAAGCAGUACAUGAAUCUACUGAACAUGUUCAAGUGAACAGAGGAGAUGUUGGUUUGUGGUUGAAGAGUUUCACACAGCAGAUCUCAGAUAUGCUGAUCUUCUCUGAAAAAGACCUCAAUGGAGUGAAACAUGAUGAUGUUGAUGAUUUAAACCUCCUAGAAGAUGUGAUAAGACAAGAGCUUCCUACUAUAAUAUCAGACAUCAGCAGAAGAUUCAACACAGAGACAUUUCCAGUAAAUCUGGACUAUAAAUUUAGACCAGAUGAGCUUCUGAUUGAUCACUUCUGUCAGUGUUGUUGGGUUCAGUGUCCGUUUCGUAAAGCCAUCUGCACCAACACCAUAAAAAAACAUCAUGGAGAUAACAGUGCUCCUUUCCACAUAGAGAGAGGAAAUGGAAGGCAUUUCCCACAAGCACAGUAUCUCUGUGCUGUUAUUUGCACAAAAUUAGUGGCAAGUGAUCAGGAUUUCUAUGUACCAGAUGGAAGGUUCCCUUCUAGAGAAUACAGAAGAGCAGGAGGAGUUUAUGAAGACUUGAGCAUCACCUCUGAUCUCUCUGAACUGCCCUACUGGAAGUGGUUUGUCUGCAGAUUUCAGAAAGAUCUGGAAAAACACUACAGUAAAACAUUUGAGGGGAGUUUUAAAAUAUCAGAUGAAUGGAGAAAAUACUCAAAACAGAAUGCUAUUGAGUGUUUGGGUCAAUGUAUCUAAUGGAGCAGAUAGUGAAUGAAAAUCUCACUUUUCCUAUUAGAUUCUCCUCAGAUCACAGUUAAAAAACGAGCUUCUAUCACAUAUCAGCAAAAAUCUGUACUCAUCUACGCCUCACUCCAUGGAGAACUAACAGAGUACACUGAUACAAGAGCUUUGAAGACAAUAUUCAAUCUUAAAGUGGAGCUACACAUUUUUUUUAGACAUUUUUAUUGAAAAAAAUGUAUGCAACAUUUAACAAAAAUUGUUAUUGUGGAGCAUUUUAUAGCUUUCCUUUUUUUUCCCUUUAAGUUUGGAUGUUAAAUUAUUUGUAGAUAUUCAAAUUAAUAAAUGAGCUUAAAGUUAUUGGGAUUAUAAAAGUAGAGUGUUUGUAGAAAUACAAACAAAAGCUUAAUUUAAAGCAACUUUAUGUAAUUUUGUGUAUUUUAUCAAUAUUACUGCCCCCUACAGUUAAUGGGCAAGUUGUCAUUCACUGGAAUUCACUCUUGAUUUACACCAUAUUUAAUUCUUAUGCAUAAUCGAAAAAAG